AUGGUCGUGGCGCCGGUUUGCAAAGGGAUUCUUACUUUGGCGGCCUUAGCCAUUCUGCAAUCUGUCUUGUCACCUCCUCACAAGCCGCAGACCAAAGAGCGGUAUGAGCCCUCUCUGCUAGUAACCCGCGGGCUUCCAAUUUUUCUGCUACUAUCCAAAAUCAUAAGCUGCUCGUGGGGAGUCAUAGAAGCUGCUGCCGCAUUGGCGGGGAGCGAUCUAUGCCCAUCUCCCAUACGUAAAUGGUUCGUGACCCUACUGGUGCAUUCCCCCUCUCCAAGACAGUCCAUCACACAAGCCGGCACACUUUCUCCUGCAUUUCUAUCCGGAAUAUGUUUGACGAUCGCUGGGUCGUUGCUCCGACGGCGCUGUUACCACGUCCUCGGCCGGCUGUUCACUUUCGAACUAAGUAUUCGGGAAGGUCAUAAGCUCAUCACCUCCGGCCCUUACUCGAUUGUGCGACACCCCAGCUAUACGGGGUGCGUAUUCAUCCAUGUUGGUCAGAUCCUGGUUUUGUUCGAUGACCACUCGUGGCUUGUUGCUUGCUCGGGGUUACUACCGGUUGAUGGGGACACUAUGAUGAGGAUACUAUGGGCGACGAGAGUCCUUCUGUUGUCGGCGGGAUACGUAUGGACCAUACGCAUAAAUAAUGAGGAUGCGAUGCUUGAGAAAAGCUUCGGGAAGGAGUGGACGAAGUGGACGGAGAAGGUGCCUUAUCGGUUGUUUCCUGGGAUAUAUUAAGAGACAGGGACGAUAGAAAAAACGUAUCUAUGAAACUUGCUAUAUGAACCCUACAGUGGAUCCUCAACCCGGAGAUUUUUCUCCGGGAAAUUUGCAGGAGUGCGGGUGAACGUUCAAGGCGAGACGCUAGGGAAAUGAUAUUGCAUGGACGCCUUGGGGUGGCGGCCGAAUAAAAAAUGCCGGCUGUUCCAUAUGGUCUUGGAGCCUGUGAGAAGUUCUUCAUGGGCCGUGUGUGGCUACGAAAAGACGGACGUUAUCAUGGCGAGGCUAAUACCGCCCAACGAUGCAGAGAAGGCUCCAGCUGCUGGUAGAGAGGCCGAGUCAGGACGCGUUGAAAUCGACGACGUCGUGCAGUGCACCGCUGCUGGCGAGAUAUCUGAAUACGCCGUCGUCGCGGAGGGCGAAGAGCGCACGACGUGGUUCGUAUGGCUCCUGGUAUGCUGCUGCGCGAUAUCCGGAUUGCUGUUCGGUCAGUGCAGCGUUGGGCGCUAGCAA